AUUGCCAAUCGCGAAGUGAAAAAGACAUACACAAAAUAUUUGGAGAAGAAAAAAUCCAAAUUUAAGGAAAAAAGGUUUAAUUAAUAACGAAAGACCGACAGGGAGUGAGCUAAUAAUCUUUAUUGUGUGCGCGUGUGUCAGUGUGAGUGUGUGUGUUGCAAACUGAAUAAAUAAUUACACACACAGCAGUACUAGCACACAAAGCAACACCGAGUUUAAUUUAAUUACAAGCAAAAAUAUAGCAAAGAGCAGGUGUGUGUGUGCGCUCGAUAAUUGUUUAUAGCUAGUGCUCGUUGAUAAACAGCUGGCAAGUAGCAGCAGUCUUAAUAAAGUUCAAAAAAUCCCUUGCUGUGGCUGUGAGUUAUGCGAAAAAAUUGAUUUUCCACAACGGAUUGCAACUGAAAGUCAGCGAAAAGCAGCUGAAAAAGGAAACCCUCACCCAACAACACCCCCAAUCAAUUGUGUUGGUGUGAGUGCGCGUGUGUGUGUGUGUGAAUGUUAGAGAACGAUUAUUGCUGCUGCUGCAAGUGAAAGAAAGGAUCCGACAAAGAAAUUAGACGAGCGUCGCUGCCGGCGCAUGCAAUGAAUAUUGUCGGGGAAUAUGAAUACAGCUCCAAGGAUAUGCUUGGCCAUGGCGCCUUUGCUGUGGUCUACAAAGGACGUCAUCGCAAGAAACACAUGCCGGUAGCCAUUAAAUGCAUUACCAAGAAGGGACUCAUCAAGACGCAGAAUUUACUCGGCAAGGAGAUUAAAAUUCUCAAGGAAUUAACGGAGCUGCAUCAUGAGAAUGUUGUUGCUCUUUUGGAUUGCAAGGAGUCCCAGGAUUGUGUCAAUCUGGUCAUGGAGUAUUGCAAUGGCGGCGAUUUGGCGGAUUAUCUAAGCGUUAAAGGCACUCUUAGCGAGGAUACUGUCAGGCUGUUUCUCAUACAACUAGCUGGUGCCAUGAAAGCACUUUAUACCAAAGGAAUUGUGCACCGUGAUCUCAAGCCACAAAACAUUCUUCUAUCGCACAAUUAUGGCAAAACUCUGCCAGCGCCAUCGAAAAUAACGCUAAAAAUUGCUGACUUUGGCUUUGCGCGUUUUCUAAAUGAAGGCGUCAUGGCGGCCACUUUGUGCGGAUCUCCCAUGUAUAUGGCCCCGGAAGUCAUCAUGUCGUUGCAGUAUGAUGCCAAGGCCGAUCUCUGGUCGCUGGGCACCAUUGUCUAUCAGUGUCUGACGGGCAAGGCGCCAUUCUAUGCACAAACACCCAACGAACUGAAGUUCUACUACGAGCAGAAUGCCAAUCUGGCGCCCAAAAUACCACAUGGUGUAUCGCCGGAUUUGCGUGAUUUGUUGCUGUGCCUGUUGCGUCGCAAUUCCAAGGAUCGUAUAUCCUAUGAGAGCUUCUUUGUACAUUCAUUUCUGCAGGGCAAGAAAGCGGCUGUGUCGCCGGUUGACAUGCCACCGUUGUCGAGCGGCACGCCGCCUGUUAAGGCCAAGAGUCCAUUGCAACAGCAGCUGGAGCAGGAAUUACAGCUGGUCAAGCUGGCCGAGCAGCAGCAGAAGGAGCGUGAGGAACAGGAGGCGGCACAGGAAGAGGAAAAUACCGUUUCUGUGGUGGCUAAUCCGGCCAUAUGUGCCACCAUUACCAACGUGGGUGUGCUCUGUGAUAGUGAGAACAACAGCGCCUCCUGCAGCUCCCAUGAGGAUUCGGAUGACUUUGUGUUGGUGCCCAAGAAUCUGCCCGAGGAUCAGCGUCAGGCUCAAGGACAGGCUGCCCAAGCACGCCAGCAACAGCAGCCAGCAACACAGAACCAAUCCAGUCCACCACGUCCCAGUAGUUUGCCCAUCUCGGAGCCAAAACCAGUGCCGGCACCGGCGCGACGACAGCUGACAAAUGCUGGGGCUGGAGCUGCCAUUGGAUCGCCAGGGAGACAGAGUGGCGUGCCAUUGACAGUGGCCACAUUGGCGGCAGGUGGACAUCAAAUCCCACGCUCGCAGCCCAUCAGCGUGAAGCAGCCUCGGGCGGAUCAGCGUAAGAGCAGCGUGAGCAGUGACAUCAAUUCAAUCUCGCCGCCAGCGGUGCAGUUUGCCAUUGGUACACCACCGACACGGGUGCGAUCCGCGUCUGGUGGCUCGCUGUCGGAGACGCCACCGCCGCAUGCGCCCAGCACGUGGCAGGUGUCGCCCGGACACUCGCAGUCGCCGUUGCGCAGGAGUGGCAACAGUUCGCCGGUGCUUCCGUCCGCAGCGUUGACCAAAUUGCCAACUCUGGGCAGCCCAACGUUGCUAGUAGCGCCUGGUUCACUGGGCUCCAUUGGCUCGGCGGGCAGCGGAUCGGAGAAUAACAAUCAGCAUCACAUGUUGGGGCCACGUGCAUUCACCUUGCCCGAAUUGGGUGCAACGGGCGGACUGCAGAGUCUGUUGGAUACGGCUGUUGGUGCCGGCGGACCAGGCAGUGAGCCGCAUGCAUUCCAGGCACCCGAAUUGUCGGAGGAGACCCUCAUGGAUCGCGAGCACAACGAAACCCUUUCCAAACUCAACUUUGUGCUGGCCUUAACCGACUGCAUCCAGGAGGUCGCCGAUUCGCGCUGUGCACCGCUUUCCACGCUCAUGGUUGCCGGCAGCCAGACGGCGGCCGAGCAGCAUCAGAUACCACCCCAUGCUCCGGAGCAUUGCAAGCGAGCGGAGCGUUUGGUGCUCCUUGUGCGCGCCCUGCAGUUGCUAUCGUCCGGCCUCAAUUUGGCCUCACAGCAGCUGCGAAAUGGGCAGUUGAAGCCAUCAUCAAACGUUAAAAAUGCGCUGCUCACCAUGAACGCCAAAUAUCGGAGCAUAUUGUUCGAGUCGAAGCGUCUUAAUGGCAGCGGCCUGCUCCAAAAGGCGAAUGCAUUUAACAUAACCGCGGAUAAAAUACUCUACGACUAUGCGCUGGAUAUGUGUCAGGCAGCAGCGCUGGAUGAACUGCUGAAGAAUACAAAGAAUUGCUUUGAACGCUAUAAUACCGCACACAUUCUCCUUCACUCUUUGGUGCAGAAAUGCAAUCAUCCACAGGACAAAUUGCUGUUGAAUAAAUAUCGUGAUGCAGUGGAGAAACGUUUGAGCAUAUUGCAACAGCAUGGAUAUAUCUAUGUAACCGAUGAGAAUGCCUAAGGAAAGAGAGAGGAGAAGAAGGAGGAGAAGCAAGAGAAAGAUGAAGCAGCAUCAAUUGUCGACAAUUCCUUAAGUUAUUUAAACCCUGAUAAGUUGAGUUGAGUCGUAAAACAUGUGAUUAAAGCAGAACUACACACAUACAUA